AUGGCGCAGAGCGACUAUGACUGUCAGUCCGUCGCCUUGUGUGUGCACCAAGAAUACAUCGAGCUGGGCCUUUUCCACUAUGGUCUCGAAGUCUUCAGCGAGCAGGACUUUCUCGAUGCCGGUCUCACUGUCGAGGACCGCCGCCUGAUCGAAUACGUGGCCAUCCAAGAGGCCGGCCACGCCACCCUGCUGAGCAACAUGCUGGGCGAGUCCACCCCCCGACAAUGCACGUACAGCUAUCCUUUCAAGACCGUCCGCGAGUUCCUCAACUUCAACGUCAAGCUCACCCGCUGGGGCGAGUCCGGCACCUGGGGUUGGCUCAGGCAUCUCAACUCGAAGGAGGUCGCGACCAUGGUUGUCAAAGCGGAAGCCAUUGAGGCCCGGCAGCAGGCCACCUUCCGCCAGCUUCUUGGCCUUCAUCCAAUGCCCAUCUGGUUCGCUCCCGGUAUCCCACAAUCCUGGCACUGGACCCUGCUGGUCCAGUAUAUCUCCUCCUGCCCGGAGAACAACAUUCGGCUGGUCUGGCAGAAUUUCCCCAACUUGUACGUGGUCAACCAGGCCAACCCCAACCGCAUCGACCCCAACUCUACCGAGGCAAGGGAAGUUGUCGGCAGCCGCACUGGUGAUCCGAGCGACUCGAGAAUCCCAGAGGCCGAGUCCUGCACCCACAACAAUGUCACGGGCUAUAAUUGCGGCCCCGCUAUCACUCGCGACAAGUACGAUCCGCUCACAUUCCCCGGCGCAAAGUCGAGCUUACCUGGGACGAGCCAGGCCGUGCUGUGGGGCCGAACAACAGCUAUGUCACCUCAACGAUGGCGGGUCAGCCCUCGACAGAAUCAGGGAUAUACCUAUCAGCCGGCAAGCGAGGUCUUUGAGACGGAUCCAGCCUUGAACGGCACGGCUUUUAUUGCGAUCACGGAUACGGAUCUGUUUGUCACACCGUACAACCUGACCAUGCUGAAUCCACAUAUUCGUGCUUUGGGAUUGUAUCAGGCUGGUUGA